UAAAUACAGGCGAUCUGAGGUCCGAGGGCAGUUUUGAAGCUGAUUUCUGCUGCGGUGUGGACGAGGCUGACCAUGGCAUCAUAUGGAACACUUCUAUUUCUUGUAACUUUCCUGAUUGGAAUGAAAACUGCAUUUACUGCAGUUAACAAUUCAGCUACGACCGCGUCGUACGAUUUCACCUCUAAUCAGACUUUCGCAACUACAAGGUUCAACACAAGACAGACUCCAACUGAUAGAAAAGUUGUUCUGGGAAAGAGCACCGUUUUCCCCACGACUGCAGGACCGGCGGUCAGAACUACUACAAAAGCUUCACGGCUGACCACUGCGGUCAGCUACAACACUGAAGAACUGAGUGAGAAAAAUGAGCGGAAGCCGAUUAAAGAAGAUGAUGAGCCACCAAAAUUAGAGUGUCCCCCGAUGGGUCUAGAGUCUUUGCGGGUGAAAGACACCCAGCUGCAGGCUUCGUCCCACAAGCGCCGUGGCCUGGGACCCCAUCGUGGCCGGCUCAACAUACAGUCUGGUAUUGCGGAUGGGGACAUCUAUGAUGGAGGCUGGUGUGCACGGCAUGAGGAUAAAGACCAGUGGCUGCAGGUAGACGCCUUGAUGCCCACUCGCUUUACAGGGGUCAUCACACAGGGCCGUAAUUCCAUUUGGAGCUGGAACUGGGUAGAAACCUUCAAAGUGCAGUUCAGCAAUGACUCCAUUAGCUGGAAGCCCUGCAUGAACGGAACUCAGGAGGCGGUGUUUGAGGGGAACCAGGACACUGACACCCCGGUGCUGGCGGUCUUCCCUGAGUCCACAGUGGCGCGCUACAUUCGGAUCAACCCUCAGACCUGGUUCAAGAAUGGAACCAUCUGCCUCCGAGCAGAGGUGCUGGGCUGUGCAAUACCAGACCCGAACAAUAUCUACCCCUGGCAGGCACAGCAGGAAGGCUCUCAGGAUAAACUAGACUUCAGACAUCACAACUACAAGGAAAUGAGGAAGCUGAUGAAAUCCGUGCAGGAGGCCUGUCCAGACAUUACGCGCAUCUACAGCAUUGGAAAGAGCUACUUGGGCCUCAAACUGUACGUGAUGGAGAUCUCCGACAACCCAGGCAAACAUGAGCUGGGUGAGCCAGAGUUCCGCUAUGUGGCUGGCAUUCAUGGGAAUGAGGUGCUGGGCCGCGAGCUGCUGCUGAACCUGAUGCAGUACAUUUGCCAGGAGUACAAACGUGGCAACCCACGCAUCAUCCAUCUGGUCAAGGAGACGCGCAUCCACCUACUGCCCUCCAUGAACCCGGACGGCUACGAGAUCGCUUACAAGAAGGGCUCGGAGCUGUCCGGAUGGGCCCUGGGCCGCUUCAGCUAUGAAGGCAUUGACAUGAACCACAACUUUGCUGAUCUGAACACAGUGAUGUGGACAGCUAUCGAGCUGGAGACGGACAAGUCCAAACUCAUAAACCAUUACUUUCCCAUCCCUGAACAGUACACAUCUGAGGAGGCCUUUGUGGCCCCUGAGACGCGGGCAGUGAUCAGCUGGAUGCAGACCAUCCCCUUCGUGCUCAGUGCUAACUUCCAUGGUGGGGAGCUGGUGGUAACGUAUCCAUUCGACAUGACCAGGGACUGGGCCCCACGCGAGCACACCCCCACCGCCGACGACAGCUUCUUCCGCUGGCUGGCCACAGUGUACGCCAGCACCAACCACGUCAUGUCCAACCCAGACCGCCGGCCGUGCCACUAUGACGACUUCGUGAGGCACAACAACAUCAUCAAUGGGGCCGACUGGCACACGGUGCCCGGCAGUAUGAAUGACUUCAGCUACCUGCACACCAACUGCUUCGAGGUGACCGUAGAGCUGUCCUGUGAUAAAUUCCCUCAUGCCAGUGAACUGCCCAUCGAGUGGGAGAACAACAAAGAGUCUCUUCUGAUUUACAUGGAGCAGGUGCACCGAGGAAUUAAAGGGGUCAUUAGAGACAAAGACACUGAAGCUGGAAUAGCAGAUGCCAUCAUCAAAGUGGAUGACAUCGACCACCACAUCAGAUCUGCUUUCGACGGGGACUACUGGCGCCUGCUAAACCCUGGAGACUACCAGGUAACCGUCAUGGCAGAGGGCUACUUCCCGGCCACUCGCUCCUGCAGGGUGGAGUAUGAGCACUACCCCACCAUCUGCGACUUCCGCCUUACCAAGACCCCCAAGCAGCGGCUGCGGGACAUCCUGGCCAAGGGCGGCAAAAUCCCCAAGGACCUGCAGCUGCGUCUGAGGCAACUGCGCAUGCGCAAACUGCGCGCCACCACCAAAACCCUCAACCAGCGGCGAAUAGCGCAACAGCAAAGGGCCAGGAAAGCCCGUCGCUAGAGUGAACUUUAAACUUUGACCUGUUUUGCGGGCCAAUUACAGGACUUCACUUCAUCGGCAGGGUGCUACUCACAGAGCUGGUGUUUUGGAGUGGUUAGACACAAGUUUGGGGAUAAGUGAAUUCACUUCAUAGUCUAAGAGUAGAUUUAAUGUAUUAGAUUUUCUGUAAUGUUGGCAAGAUUUUCUUGCAUUGUCAGCGCCAGUUAUGGAAGUAUUACAGGAUCAAAAUGGCAUCAUUUAUAUGUAUUAAGUGUGAUACAGCAAAAAUAUAACAUUCAUUUUCACAAUAUACUAUGGCCCUUAUUUCACAACAGUUUAGCUAUUCAUCAGUUUCAUCUUUCAUCUACAGUCAAACUCUGGUAGGCGUGUAUGUAUGUAGAGUGUAAUGGUUUAAAAAAUGCCAGAUUUGUGGUUAACUAACCAAAACUGUUCUCAAUAUCAUACAUAACAUCAAUAAUAACAAUAAAAUUAGAAAACAGCAAAGAAUACUGAUGAUUUGUGCACUUGGCAAUCCAGUGCAAAAGUGGAUGUACUUAUUUUACAUGUAUUGGUAAAAAUAAAUGUUGCAAAUCUUCCACAUUACAUUUAAAGACAUUUUACACUACAAAAUAUCAUCAUUCUACCAUCUUAAAAACAACAAAGAUGUUUUGUUUUUAUUGCACAUUUUAUUCUUUCCAGUCGUCAUAAUUUUAACACAAUGUAAUUUGGUCAGUAGAGGGAGCAGUGCACUCACUGCUCGACCUCUAACUCCGCCUACAAGCACAGCCAUUGGCUCAUGAGCUGCUGAAUGCAAUUGUUUUAUUGGCUCCUUACUGAAACAUCUGCAUGAAGUAGGGCUUCAUGUAAAUGAUAUGUAAAUGAGUUGCAGACAGGCUGGCACUUGAUUUCACGCACUGAAGCUGAUUCAUCAUUUGCUUUUAUUAUCUCUGUAAUACAAAUGUUUCAUGAAUCAGACGCAGAGUAGUUCGUAUGUCAUUAAAGGUGCAUUCUGCUCUAUUUUUAUGCUUUAAGUUUGAUGAAUAAGGGCCGAUGUGACAUUUUUUUUCUGGGUUGGAAUGGACGAAAAAACAGUAGUUACACGUUUAAAAAAGGCUUUGAAAAACUACAAUGAUUUAUUUUUAAGGUUUGCAAAAGUACAUUGCUUAAGAAGGAAUAGGAGGGAAAAACUAUCAAUUGGUAAAAACAAAUAAAUGAAACACAAAAAUGGUGUUUGGUAUGGUGUAGUGGGUGACACCUCUGCCUUCUAUGCUGUAGACUAAUAACCAAUAUGAGUCCUUGGGCAAGACUCCUAACGCUACCUUGGCCUGCCUGUGUUAAAUGAUCAUAUUGUAAGUCGCUCUGGUAAAAGCGUCUGCCAAAUGUCGUAAAUGCAAUGGCGUAAUGGCCUGACUGCUUGUUACUGUGCGGUUUAGGCAAUUAAUAUACAAAGGUUGUUGCCUGUUUACUCUGUAAUUGGUCUGAGAAUUGGUCUUUUUAUGAUACAGACAGUUAUCGAUUAUAUAAUUUAUCAUAACAACAUCAUAUCAUGUUGCCUCCUCCUGAGCUAUGUUGUAUGUCUGUGCAUUUUCUUCCUGUAGUACCAACAUAACUGCCUCUGACCAUGUGAGAAAACCGAUCUUUGUCCAGUAGAACUUACAUAAUUGGUCACCCAUGUGAGGAAACACUGCCAGCAUUACAGCACUUACAUAAUUGGUGCUGCAUUGUGAGGAGACUCAUCUUUGCCCUGUUGUACUUAUAUCUGUGUGAAGUAAAUGACUCUUUUGAAUUGCUGUUUGGAUACGGAGCUUUAUAUUUGGGACUCUAUGUCUAGGAUAAAUGUGUAAUUAAGGACACUGAGGUUUAUUACAUUAUCAGUGAUCAUUCAACUUCACUUUCAUCUCACACAAGUAAACACAUUCAUUCUUCUCAGUCUGGAACUGAUGUUCUGUAAAUAGCAUCAUUAAAGUUUGAUCACUUAAAGCAA